CUAUGAAUCACGCGCAUUAUCGUCGCUGCAGCACCUUCGGCAUCCCGCAUACUCACCAGUCGGUGAUCACCAGCAGCAUCAGGUUUAGAUGUCUUUUAGAUAUCUAGUAGCAACACACCGCUGGAAUCAAGACGGUCGAGGAAAAAGCGCUGCUGAAACACACAACUCUGAAGACAUAUUUUUUAUCGUUACACCCACGUCUCUCUACUGUUGCUUUUUUCCCCCCUUCACAUUUUAAAUGAAUCUUGUAAGAUUUAUGAAUAACAGAGUUCCGUCCAAUAAGAGGUAUCAACCCACAGACUAUGAACAUGCUGCAAACUGUGCUACACACGCGCUGUGGGUAAUCCCCAGCCUAUUGGGCAGCUCUGUGCUGCACUUCCUGUCUGAGGACCAAUGGGAGCGCGUCUCAGCCUGGCUCUAUGGGGCGGGGCUCACCUCCCUCUUCCUCAUCUCGACAUCUCAUUCGUUCCACACGGUGACCUGGAAGAAAAGCCACCUACGGUCUGUGGAGCACUGUUUCCACAUGUGUGACAGAAUGGUGAUCUAUUUCUUCAUAGCAGCCUCCUACGCCCCCUGGUUGAACCUGCGGGAGCUGGGACCCUGGACCUGUCACAUGAGGUGGUUGGUCUGGGUGAUGGCCUCUGUCGGAACCACAUACGUCUUCUUCUUCCACGAGAGGUAUAAAUUGAUGGAACUGAUCUGUUAUACAGUGAUGGGAGUGUUCCCAGCCUUGGUCAUCCUGUCAAUGCCGGACCGCGAGGGGCUGUGUGAGUUGUUAGUGGGCGGUGCCUGUUACUGUCUGGGCAUGGUGUUCUUCAAGAGUGAUGGCCUCGUCCCGUUCGCCCAUGCCAUCUGGCACCUGUUUGUUGCCAUGGGAGCAGGCGUCCAUUACUACGCCAUCUACCGGUACCUCUACACGCCAGCAGCCAAUCAGAUGAAGACAUCCAGAUGACACACGGAGACCGGGGGCGAGGGGUGAUGACGUCACAGGACGUUGAAGGAAGGAGUGGACUUGUGAAGAAGUGAUGUCAAGAAAGGAGGGAUGGAGAGAUGAGAAUAGAACCAUAGUAACGUGGAGAGAUGAGAAUAGAACCAUAGCAAUGUGGAGAGGUGGCAAUAGAACCAUAGCAAAGUGGAGAGAUUAGAAUAGAACCAUAGCAACGUGGAGAGAUGAGAAUAGAACCAUAGCAACGUGGAGAGAUGAGAAUAGAACCAUAGCAACGUGGAGAGAUGACAAUAGAACCAUAUCAACGUGGAGAGGUGACAAUAGAACCAUAGCAACGUGGAGAGAUGAGAAUAGAACCAUAGCAACGUGGAGAGGUGAGAAUAGAACCAUAGCAACGUGGAGAGAUGAGAAUAGAACCAUAGCAACGUGGAGAGAUGAGAAUAGAACCAUAGCAACGUAGAGAGAAGAGAAAAGAACCAUAGCAACGUGGAGAGGUGAGAAUAGAACCAUAGCAACAUGGAGAGAUGAGAAUAGAACCAUAGCAACGUGGAGAGGUGACAAUAGAACCAUAGCAACGUGGAGAGAUGAGAAUAGAACCAUAGCAACGUGGAGAGGUGAGAAUAGAACCAUAGCAACGUGGAGAGAUGAGAAUAGAACCAUAGCAACGUGGAGAGAUGAGAAUAGAACCAUAGCAACGUGGAGAGAUGAGAAUAGAACCAUAGCAACGUGGAGAGGUGACAAUAGAACCAUAGCAAAGUGGAGAGAUUAGAAUAGAACCAUAGCAACGUGGAGAGAUGAGAAUAGAACCAUAGCAACGUGGAGAGAUGACAAUAGAACCAUAUCAACGUGGAGAGGUGACAAUAGAACCAUAGCAACGUGGAGAGAUGAGAAUAGAACCAUAGCAACGUGGAGAGGUGAGAAUAGAACCAUAGCAACGUGGAUAGAUGAGAAUAGAACCAUAGCAACGUGGAGAGAUGAGAAUAGAACCAUAGCAACGUGGAGAGGUGAGAAUAGAACCAUAGCAAUGUGGAGAGAUGAGAAUAGAACCAUAGCAACGUGGAGAGAUGAGAAUAGAACCAUAGCAACGUGGAGAGGUGAGAAUAGAACCAUAGCAACGUGGAGAGAUGAGAAUAGAACCAUAGCAACGUAGAGAGAUGAGAAUAGAACCAUAGCAAUGUGGAGAGAUGAGAAUAGAACCAUAGCAACGUGGAGAGAUGAGAAUAGAACCAUAGCAACGUGGAGAGAUGAGAAUAGCAACGUGGAGAGAUAUUUUUUAAAUGUCCCUUUUAUUUAACCAGGUAGGCCAGUUCUCAGUUACAACUGCGACAUGGCCAAGAUAAAGCAAAGCAGUGUGACAAAAACAACAACACAGAGAUGAGAAUAGAACCAUAGAAACAUGGGGAGAUCACUGGUUUAUGUGUCCUGGACAGACUGGAUGUAGAUCACUGGUUUAUGUGUCCUGGACAGACUGGAUGUAGAUCACUGGUUUAUGUGUCCUGGACAGACAGGAUGUUGAUCACUGGUUUAUGUGUCCUGGACAGACAGGAUGUAGAUCACUGGUUUAUGUGUCCUGGACAGACUGGAUGUAGAUCACUGGUUUAUGUGUCCUGGACAGACAGGAGGUAGAUCACUGGUUUAUGUGUCCUGGACAGACAGGAUGUUGAUCACUGGUUUAUGUGUCCUGGACAGACAGGAUGUAGAUCACUGGUUUAUGUGUCCUGGACAGACAGGAUGUUGAUCUCUGGUUUAUGUGUCCUGGACAGACAGGAUGUAGAUCACUGGUUUAUGUGUCCUGGACAGACUGGAUGUAGAUCACUGGUUUAUGUGUCCUGGACAGACAGGAUGUAGAUCACUGGUUUAUGUGUCCUGGACAGACAGGAUGUAGAUCACUGGUUUAUGUGUCCUGGACAGACAGGAUGUAGAUCACUGGAUGUUGAUCACUGGUUUAUGUGUCCUGGACAGACAGGAUGUAGAUCACUGGUUUAUGUGUCCUGGACAGACUGGAUGUAGAUCACUGGUUUAUGUGUCCUGGACAGACAGGAUGUAGAUCACUGGUUUAUGUGUCCUGGACAGACAGGAUGUAGAUCACUGGAUGUUGAUCACUGGUUUAUGUGUCCUGGACAGACAGGAUGUAGAUCACUGGUUUAUGUGUCCUGGACAGACUGGAUGUAGAUCACUGGUUUAUGUGUUCUGGACAGACAGGAUGUAGAUCACUGGUUUAUGUGUCCUGGACAGACAGGAUGUAGAUCACUGGUUUAUGUGUUCUGGACAGACAGGAUGUAGAUCACUGGUUUAUGUGUCCUGGACAGACAGGAUGUAGAUCACUGGUUUAUGUGUCCUGGACAGACAGGAUGUUGAUCACUGGUUUAUGUGUCCUGGACAGACUGGAUGUAGAUCACUGGUUUAUGUGUCCUGGACAGACAGGAUGUAGAUCACUGGUUUAUGUGUCCUGGACAGACUGGAUGUUGAUCACUGGUUUAUGUGUCCUGGACAGACAGGAGGUAGAUCACUGGUUUAUGUGUCCUGGACAGAGAGGAUGUAGAUCACUGGUUUAUGUGUCCUGGACAGACAGGAUGUAGAUCACUGGUUUAUGUGUCCUGGACAGACAGGAUGUAGAUCACUGGAUGUUGAUCACUGGUUUAUGUGUCCUGGACAGACAGGAUGUAGAUCACUGGAUGUUGAUCGCUGGUUUAUGUGUCCUGGACAGACAGGAUGUAGAUCACUGGUUUAUGUGUCCUGGACAGACUGGAUGUUGAUCACUGGUUUAUGUGUCCUGGACAGACAGGAUGUAGGUCACUGGUUUAUGUGUUCUGGACAGACAGGAUGUAGAUCACUGGUUUAUGUGUCCUGGACAGACAGGAUGUAGAUCACUGGUUUAUGUGUCCUGGACAGACAGGAUGUAAAGUUAUGUAACCCUCCAGUGUAGUGUAGUGUAGUGCGGUGCG